UAUCGUUGCUAUCGAUGUGCCUGCGCUCACCUCUAGUAACGUAACCGAAAAACAACUAAAUAAUACUUGUGAUAAUACAUAACAAAACAAUGCGUGUGGGCCAGCUGCUCCGCUUCCGGAGCACCAGCCUGUGCAGCUCCACCGCCAGGCAGGAGUACGUGCCGCUUCACAAGCCCGUCGUGGAGGACGACAUAAAGCGGCUGGAGGACUUCCUUCUGUCCAAACCGAAUGUUUUGGUUCUCACGGGCGCUGGCAUCUCGACGGAAUCGGGCAUUCCCGAUUACCGUUCCGAGGGCGUGGGCCUCUACGCCCGCUCCAACCACAAGCCCGUCCAGCACAUGGAGUUCGUCAAGUCGUCGGCGGUGCGCAAGCGGUACUGGGCCAGGAACUUUGUGGGCUGGCCCAAGUUUUCUGCAACACAGCCCAAUGCCACGCAUCACGCGCUGGCCAGAUUCGAGCGGGAGGAGCGGGUCCAGGCGGUGGUCACCCAGAACGUUGACCGGCUGCACACGAAGGCGGGCAGCCGAAAUGUUGUGGAGGUUCACGGCAGUGGCUAUGUGGUCAAGUGUCUGUCCUGCGAGUACCGGAUCGAUCGUCACGAGUUCCAGAGCAUACUGGCGUCCCUCAAUCCGGCCUUCAAAGAUGCCCCCGACAUGAUCCGGCCAGAUGGCGAUGUAGAAAUACCGCUGGAGUACAUCGAGAACUUCCGGAUACCCGAGUGCACGCAGUGCGGCGGCGACUUGAAGCCGGAAAUUGUCUUCUUCGGGGAUUCUGUGCCACGGCCACGAGUAGAUCAGAUUGCCGGCAUGGUGUACAAUAGCGAUGGCCUGCUGGUCCUCGGGUCCAGUCUCCUGGUCUUCUCCGGCUACCGCGUUGUCCUGCAGACCAAGGACCUGAAGCUACCGGUGGCCAUUGUCAAUAUUGGCGAAACGCGCGCCGAUCACCUGGCGGAUAUCAAGAUCUCCGCCAAGUGCGGUGAUGUCAUACCCAAACUGUUCGACUUUCGCAACUCGAAAAGCGCCAGUUAAUCCUCACAGUUGUUAUAUGUUAACCUCCCACUAAAUUUGUAGUUAUGGAAAGCCAGGCUUCCUAUUUUAGCUAAAAAAUAAAUGUUAAAGAUUAAUAUUUGCAAA